AUUUAAAUGUCAAACAUCACUACAGACCAGCCUGUCAAAAUCAGUUUUGUAAAAUUUUCUUUUUUAUCACAAAAUAUUAAAAGAAGAAAUAAAAUAUGAGAACAAAUUACAAAACUGUAUAUAAAUUGUAGCGUAACACCAUAAGCAUUCCAGUGUUUGUUUAAUCGUAUUAUGUCCAUUAUAUUGAGGUCACCGUUAUCUCGUUUAUCGUAAAGCAAACUGUGUAUCAAACUAGUUGUUUUAUUGUGCAUUAUUUUAAAGUGAUCGUUGUGAUAAAGACGUGUGUCUGGCGGGUAGAAAAUGAAGUUCGCGGAACAUUUGAGUGCCCACAUAACGCCCGAGUGGCGGAAACAGUACAUAAACUAUGAAGAAAUGAAAGCGAUGCUAUACACAGCCGUAGAGGAGGCGCCGUCUGCGGAAAAUGUGGAGCCCGAGGUUCUUUCCCGUCACUUUGCUAACUUUGAUGAAACAUUCUUCCAUUACUGUGAUCAAGAGUUGAAAAAGAUUAAUACAUUUUAUUCAGAAAAACUUGCUGAAGCGACGCGUAAAUUCGCCACGUUGCAGAGCGAGUUGAAGUCGCAUUUCGACACUAUAAAGCCGAAAAGCAGUGGUGACAGUAAAAAGGCGCCACUGCCGCGACGGAAAGUACAGGAAUUGAAGCUGGCCUUUAGCGAAUUCUACCUUAGUUUAAUUCUACUGCAAAACUAUCAGAACCUAAACUAUACAGGCUUUAGGAAAAUAUUGAAGAAACACGAUAAGUUAUUAAACGUAAGCAACGGUGCACAAUGGCGUGCCGUACACGUAGAAACGUCGCAUUUCUACACAAACAAAGACAUAGACAGGUUGAUAAGCGAUACGGAGGCGACAGUGACCAACGACCUGGAGGGCGGCGACCGGCAGAAGGCGAUGAAGAAGCUGCGCGUGCCGCCGCUCGGGGAACAGCAGAGUCCGUGGACCACGUUCAAAGUGGGCCUGUUCUCCGGCUCGUUCAUAGUGUUGUUCAUCACUGUUGUGUUGUCCGCACUGUUCCACGAGGGCGGCACGGAGAACAUCAAAACAGCCUUCAGAUUAUAUCGAGGACCAUUCCUGUUAGUCCAAUUUAUAUUUUUAAUAGGCAUCAAUGUGUACGGAUGGCGUUCGUCAGGAGUGAACCACGUGUUAAUAUUCGAAUUAGAUCCAAGGAAUCAUCUAUCAGAACAACAUUUGAUGGAGUUGGCGGCAAUUUUCGGCGUCGUUUGGGCACUUAGUAUAUUAAGUUUUAUAUACAGUGCAAGUUUGAGUAUACCGCCGUUCGUGAACCCGCUAGCCCUGGUGAUAAUAAUGCUGGUGUUUCUCGUCAAUCCGUUCAAAGUGUUCCGACACGAGGCGAGAUUCUGGUUCUUGAGGAUAUGUGGGCGCAUCAUGGCGGCGCCGUUCGUGCCGGUGCUGUUCGCUGAUUUCUGGCUCGCGGACCAGUGGAACUCGUUCGCGGCCGCCUUCCUCGACUUCCAUUAUUUGAUAGCGUUCUACGUGGCGGGCGCUGAUUGGUUCAAUGUUAACAACGCGUUCGAAUCAACCCAGUGGUUCAUAAUAACCCGCGCGGUUGUGAACAUAGUGCCCGCGUGGACGCGUUUCUGGCAGUGCCUGCGCCGGUACCGCGACAGCCGCGAGGCGUUCCCGCAUCUCGUCAACGCCGGCAAGUACUCCACCACGUUCUUCGUUGUGCUGUUCUCGACGCUGCGGACUAUAUACAGAGAUCGAUAUACCGACUCGUACGACAACCCGUUCCUGUACGCGUGGUUCGCGUGCCAGCUUGUUUCCUCGUUGUACACGUACACGUGGGACGUGAAGAUGGAUUGGGGCCUGUUCAGUUGUGGACCAGGCGCCGAGAACAAGUUCCUUAGGGAGGAGAUCGUUUAUAGUCCAGGGUUUUACUAUUUCGCGAUAGUGGAGGACUUCGUGCUGCGGUUCAUAUGGACGGUGUCGUUCGUUCUCACCGAACAUGACUACGUCAGCUCCGAGACCAUGGUCUCCAUACUGGCGCCGCUUGAAGUCAUCAGACGUUUCAUCUGGAACUUCUUCCGCCUGGAGAACGAGCACCUCAACAACUGCGGCAAGUUCCGAGCCGUGCGCGACAUCUCCGUGGCGCCGCUCGACUCCUCCGACCAGGCCGACAUCAUACGCAUGAUGGACCACCCGGACGGCGUCGUUAACAGAUCAACUAAAAAGAAGAAUACGAAAAAGACAAAAGAGAGCGAUAGAAGACCUCUGCUGAAGAAGGAAUCUAUCCAAGACCUGCAGCUAGAGCUGGACCUGUCCUCCAAGAUGUUAUAACCAACUGUGAUACACUUAGUACUUAUAUUUGUAGCAAAUGUUAUACAUAAGUAUUAUUCGAAUUAUAUUUAUAGUAAAAUAUCUUUUUAGUAAAUAUUCGUUUUGUUUUCGAA